AUUAAUGGUUACUCUAAUCUAAAUAAACCCUACCAAAACGGUCAUCCGAUUGAAUUGAUUCACAAUAUACGUGCUCAAUGGAAGCGGCACCCCUGCAAAUUUCGAGGAUGGAAGGACAGAGCUCAGGAUCCGUUGAAGAAAAAACUCCAAAGGGCAUCCCCGGCCCAGGUGACUCAGAAUCCAUGCCAGCCUCUAAAAAGGCGAAAACGGGCAUGGAAGCAGGUACAAAUUCUAACCUAGCGGCCGGAUCCGCGGAUGCAACAAAUUGUAGGAAACGUACUAUUUGGAAUCCAAAAGUAGUGGAACAUCUCCGUGUAUGUCAGGGUGUUUCCUUGCUUAGAUGUGAAGAGGGUGGUCUGUGCACACGCAAUAUGAUUCCUGGUAAAGCUACGUACAAUGGGUACAUAACAUAUGUUCAGGAUGAAGAUGGGACAGUGGUUGAGUACAGACCAUGGAACACAUUCCGUUCCCCGCUGGCAGCUGCUAUUGCCCGUGCACCUGAGGAUAUAUUUGUAGCACCUGGUUUUAGAGUCCUCUAUCUCGGAGAUGGCGAAGGAGCCAUAGCAACUGUUUCCCAUAUAUCUGAUAUUAUCGGAACCCGUGGAGUGGUGUAUGAGGUGGAAUCCUGUCUGCAAAAUGCUGCGAAGUUGGUGAACAUGGCGGCGAGAAGGGCUAAUGUUACUCCUAUCCUUGAAGAUGCAAGGCAUCCUGAAAACUACCAAGCUGCCAUUCUCCGAAAGGUGGAUGUAGUAUACUGUGACAUGAGUUACAUUAGUGAGGAUGAGCAGGUUGCCAUUUUAUCAAAGAAUGUUAGCUUGUACUUGAAAGACGGAGGCUUCUUUCUGUUGACAUAUGAGGCGGGAGACAGAAACAGCUCAUUGUAUGAACGACGUAAGCGCUUACAUACGGCGUUGGAAGCAGAAAAGCUCUUCGUGAUAAAAGAUAUUUGUCUUGAGCCUCUUAUCCUAAAUGCUGGCCUUCUUUUUGGAGUGUAUAGGAAUGCCUCUUUAAUUUAAGGGUGGUUCUUGCACCUCCUUUUCAUUCAAAUUUGCCUUCUUGAAGGAGUGAAGUCGAGCAGUCAAGUUGUUUGCUUCUUUUGAUCAGCUUCAAAAGCUUGUUUCCAACCUUUGAAUAUGUGUGCUGCCAUCAACGGUAUUUAUCAAUACUCAUCACCGAGUAGUAAUUGCAAGUAAUCAUACAAGAGAAAGGAUAGAAACAUAAAUCACGUAAUUAUACAAACACUUAUACAUGUAUAAGUUAUCCUAUACAUGCAUAAGUUAUCCUAGUUCCCUUUGCAAUCAUGUAAUUGCAGUAAUAUACUUGUAUACAAACAAAGACCUACUUAUUCAGCCACAUGCUUGAAUACUUAUACACGAUUUAAGGGUUUUAAAAAAAGACUGGAAUUAGAUAUUAAGACACCACAUGCUUAAAAAUUGAUUGAACUAGGUUACCUAUAUUGUUGUACCAACCUGAAUAUCUGUCUCUUUUAGAGGUUUCUGUAAUGUUUUCAUCAUUGCUGAAAUUAACUUUUACUUCACUGGGAUAUGUAAAAUAUGUUUGUUGAUACGCAUACACUAAGACAUGUCCAUUCUUUCCAUCAUUUGUUUUUCAGUUGAGAUUCUAAUGCCGCUGGAGGGAAAGUUUGGAAUAACAUUGGAAGAAGACAGAACUAAUGGAAUUUCAGUAGUUAAAAUGAUGCAUAUUUGAUUGAGGAACAUAGAGGCAAUUUAUUUUAAUGGAAUAGACUUAUUUCUAAGAUCCUAGUGUAUUAAAAAAAAAGUUGUGCUAUAGGUAUCCCAUUUUAGGGUACGGUUUUUACUCCACACUUUAUAUGGUCCAAAUGAGACCACAUUUAAAUGAGGUGUCUCACUUAAAUGAGUUUCCCAAUUAAUAAUAAUAAAACUAUUCAGCAGGAGCGAUUGUUUUCAUAAGGCCAGGAUUCUCAUCCCAAUUUCCAAAUCCAUGGUGAUGAAUUCCCAAAAGCAACCUCGCAUCAUCCUCUGUGAGGAAGCAGCAAGUUAAAGGAGGAGAUUGAAGAAGAAAUUAAGAAAAGUAAAUGGAAUAAGUUAUGCUUCUAUCAAUUCCAAUGGAGUAGACUCAUUACAUUUUGGCUUCGGAAUAUGAUGGAAUAAAGCAAAACGAUUCACUGAACUGUCUGCGCUUCUUUGUUAUCAACCAACAGUCAGUCCAUGUAAGUUUUGACGCGAUUUUCAUCAUGUAUUAUCUGGAAAGAGUCUGUAAUUUAGUAUAGAAAUAAGGCUGCAUACAUCUGAUCUCUUUAUCUCAUCGUAGGUGAGAGCCAUUGUGGCUUUUGUUUUGUGGUGUGUUAGAAGAGAGGAGAGCUAUAGUGGGAAAAAACUUUAUCUUGUACUCCUCCUUAUUACAAUAUAAGUGACUCGCU